GGCGCUGUGAAGCUUUAUAAGGUAAAGUGUCAGAGUUAUCGACACUACCCGUAUUGAAUGUGAACAAAUUUCAUGGUUGAAAUCACGUGACCUUGCGAACGACCUCUAAUUCGGCACGAGCGUUUCCGUCAUUUGGUCCUGCUUUAUCAUAUCUCCUAGUUUCUGAAGUGCUUGUAGACGAUUUUUAGUGUACAUAGAUAUUAUUAAAGCGAUCAAGAUAUGAUACGUACCACAGCGAGGCUACGUAAUGAUUUGGCACGCACGAUACUUCGAAGUAGUAUGGGCCCUAACAUCGUUAGAACCGUGAUCAUUAGAUGUCUUCACAGAAAAUAUUUACAAAGGAUUCAGGUCCACGAUAGUUUACGUUUUACGGUGAUACCAUGGCAACAACAAUUACGGUUUUAUGCAGACUUUCCUGACCAUAUUAAAGUACAAUUACCUGCACUUUCUCCUACUAUGGAAACAGGUACUAUUGUAAGUUGGCAAAAAAAAGAAGGAGAUAAAUUAAAUGAAGGUGAUUUAUUAGCAGAAAUUGAAACAGAUAAAGCAACAAUGGGAUUUGAAACACCAGAAGAAGGUUAUUUAGCAAAAAUACUUGUACCUGCUGGAUCAAAAAAUGUUCCCAUAGGCAAACUUGUUUGCAUCAUUGUUUCAAAUGAAGAAAGUGUUAAUGCUUUUAAAGACUUUAAGGAUGAUACAGUAGCACCACCUAUUACACCGUCAGCACCAGCUGCGCCUGCUGCACCAGCACCAGCUGCACCAACACCUGCUGCACCAGCACCUGCAGUUGCACUUCCACCUACAAAAAUCACACCAGGAGAAAGGGUAUAUGCCAGUCCAUUAGCUAAAAGAAUUGCUGCUGAAAAAGGACUUAGUUUAGAGGGCCUGAAAGGUACAGGCUUAUACAGUUCCAUAACAUCUAAAGAUCUUGAAGGUGCUCCAGUUGCUGCAAAACCAACAGAAAAAGUAGCAGCAAAAGAGGUUGAUGUUGCAGAGGGCAUUGAUGUCCCUGUGUCGAAUAUACGGGCAGUUAUAGCGAAACGUUUACUUGAAAGCAAAAGAAGUAUUCCUCAUUAUUACCUUUCAAUAGAUAUAAAAAUGGAUGCUGCGUUAGCAAUGCGAGAGCAGUUUAAUAAAAUGUUAGAAAAAGAGAAAAUAAAAGUAAGCGUAAAUGAUAUUAUUAUAAAAGGAAUGGCAAUGGCUUGUAAAAAAGUACCCGAUGGUAAUAGUGCUUGGAUGGGUGAUGUUAUAAGACAAUAUAAUAAUGUAGAUGUAAGUGUAGCAGUAAGCACAGAGUCUGGUUUGAUUACUCCUAUAGUAUUUAGUGCUGAUGUAAAAGGUAUUGUCGAAAUUAGUAAAGAUGUGAAAGCAUUAGCAGCCAAAGCAAGGGAUGGAAAACUGCAGCCACAUGAAUUUCAAGGAGGCACGAUAACUGUUUCGAAUUUGGGAAUGUUCGGGAUUAAAAAUUUUUCUGCCAUUAUAAAUCCACCUCAAUCCAUUAUUCUUGCAGUAGGUGCAUCGGAAGUUAGAUUAAUACCUGCAAAAAAUGAAAAAGGAUUCACAACUGCUCAAUAUAUGUCUGUAACAGCUAGUUGUGAUCAUCGUACGGUGGAUGGUGCGGUAGGUGCACAGUGGCUUUCAGCCUUUAAAAACUUCAUGGAAAAUCCAACAUCCAUGCUCUUGUAGUAAGUCUCGUCAUUAACAUUUUAUAUGUUGGAUAGUCGAACAAUGCACAAGCAUCUUCAUUCAGGAAUGAAAGGUGAUACAUGUCCAAUGUAUUUAUAUAUAUUAUACAUUGAGUUUCUAAUUAUGCAUUUUCGAUAGACUGAUUUCUUUUGCAAUCUAAAAAUGAUUUUUAGAAAUGGAAUCUUUUUACAGAAUUACAUUAUUACGUGAAGCAACAUUAUAUCGUGAAAAGUUAAUCACUAAUCUAGUGAUACAUGCUUUUUUUGAUUAAUAUCAUCAAUGUUGCUACGAUAAACGCACGUAAAAGAUUAAGGACUAUCUUCUGAAACUAUCUUUAAAAUGAAAAAAUCAGUCUGAAAUAUUUUAUGUUCAAUGUAGAAGAUAUACUGCCAAUUUAGUUCUAAAUGAUUAAAUCAUCUAAAAACGGAUGAAAUGAGUUCUUGGUAAAUAUCCAUGAAACAUCUAAAUCAGUGUGCCAAUAAUAUCUUGGUAUCGAUCUUCGGUGGCCACUUGUACAUAUAUGUAUUUAUGUAAAUUGCUUUGUUUAUAUAGCUCAAAAAAUGACCAUCAUAUUAACUACCAAGAAAUUAAUGAACUACAAAUAAAAAAAUAAACUUUAUUUAAUAUA